AUGCCUGGAUUAAAAUUAGCGCUUCCUGCAACUCCCAAGCAACCUCAAUUGAUCCCUGUCUUUACUUUUAACCUCAAAUUGGCCUCUGAUCCGGUAACAAUCUUUACUAAUUCCAAAAUCGACAAGACUUUAAAUUUGGCCACCAUUACCCAGGGCGAGGUCAAGACUGUUGACAAUGAUCUUGGAUUGAAGUUGGAAAUUAACGACAUUUAUGGUACAGACGACUUGAACGUCAAGAACUCGGUCAGUACGUCUUACUUGGAUUGCAAGUUAUAUGGAAAGACUCCAAAUGGUUCUGGUGUGUUCAUAUAUUACGGUGGUCGGGUUCAAUUGGACUCCGCUUCUGUUGGUGUGCUUUCCCAUAAAACGAAAGAAGCAUCAAUAGAGGAGAGCUAUGUUACAUGUAACCCUGUUUUUACCUUUGACGAUUCAGUUGAGGAAGAGUAUAAAUGGGUUUUAAAAGAGAAUUUAAUCGGCAAAGGAAGGUUUGGUAGAGACGACAAUGGCGAUCUCUACGUGCAAUACUACAUUUAUGUUAUCCGUUGA